UAAGAGUUACUGUGAAUACAAUAAAUGAAGAACAAGAAUUCAUAGAAGAAUCAGACAAAGAUACAAAUAUAGAAGUGAGCACUGGAAGAGAUUCAGAAUUAUCAUUAUUAGAAUCAACCACUUUUAAUCCUAUUCAAAAUAUUUAUCCACUCCAUAGAGAAUAUACGACACUUCCCCAUGAACUUCAACUAGGCAUUGUAUCACCACUUUUGCUCUUUCAGUUAUUUUUUACCAAUGAGCAGUUGUGUUUAAUGGUCGAGAACACUAAUACAUAUGAGCAAGUAAAGGGUAGAGUAGGUGGUUGGGUUUGGAAUCCAUUAACUUUGAAUAAACUAAAGAUUUGGCUUGGACUGAUAAUUUACAUGGGAGUUGAUCAUAUUAACGUGAUGGAUGAUUUGUGGAAUCAAGAAGAUAAAAGGGCGAACCAUGAAAUUAAAUGGUUUAUGUCUCUAUAUAGGUUCUAA